CUACGCUCGCCCAGCUGGCGGACCUGGGAAAUUCUCGUGCUGCUAAACCCCCAGGCGCUCCUCGGGCGUCGCCGCCGUGCACCCUGGGAGUGGUAGUUCUCAUGGCUCUGAGGGAGAAUGGCGCCGGGCGGGAGCAGGACGCCGAGAGAACUACAUGCAGGGGGCGGGGUCCAGAGCAAGGGAUCUACGCGGCUAGCAGUGGCGAAGGCGGCUGAAGCGGCAGCAUGAAGCGGACUCCGACCGCCGAGGAACGAGAGCGCGAAGCUAAGAAACUGAGGCUCCUUGAAGAGCUUGAAGACACUUGGCUUCCCUAUCUGACCCCCAAAGAUGAUGAAUUCUAUCAGCAGUGGCAGCUGAAAUAUCCUAAACUAAUUCUCCGAGAAGCCGGCAGCGUCCCCGAGGAGCUCCAUAAAGAGGUUCAGGAAGCCUUUCUGGCACUGCACAAGCGUGGCUGCUUAUUUCGGGACCUGGUUAGGAUCCAAGGCAAAGAUCUGCUCACUCCAGUGUCUCGCCUCCUCAUUGGUAACCCAGGCUGCACCUACAAGUACCUGAACACCAGGCUCUUUACGGUACCCUGGCCAGUGAAGGGUUCUAAUGCGAAAUACAACGAGGCUGAAAUAGCUGCUGCCUGUCAGACCUUCCUCAAGCUCAAUGACUACCUGCAGAUAGAGACCAUCCAGGCUUUGGAAGAGCUGGCUUCCAAAGAAAAAGCUAAUAUCGAUGCCGUGCCAGUGUGUAUAGGCCCAGAUUUCCCCAGGGUUGGUAUGGGGUCAUCCUUUGAUGGACAAGAUGAAAUGGACAUUAAGAACAGAGCAGCAUACAACGUAACUUUGUUGAAUUUCAUGGAUCCCCAGAAAAUGCCGUACCUGAAAGAGGAACCUUACUUUGGCAUGGGGAAAAUGGCGGUGAGCUGGCAUCAUGAUGAAAAUCUGGUGGAAAGGUCAGCGGUGGCGGUGUACAGUUAUAGCUGUGAAGGCCCUGAAGAGGAAAGUGAGGAGGAUCCUCAACUCGAAGGCAGAGAUCCUGAUGUUUGGCAUGUUGGUUUUAAGAUCUCGUGGGACAUAGAGACACCUGGUUUGGCAAUACCCCUUCACCAAGGAGACUGCUAUUUUAUGCUUGAUGAUCUCAAUGCCACCCACCAGCACUGUGUUUUGGCUGGUUUACCACCUCGGUUUAGUUCCACCCACCGAGUGGCGGAGUGCUCGAUGGGGACCUUGGAUUAUAUCUCACAGCGCUGCCAGUUGGCUCUGCAGAAUGUCCAUGGUGAGGCAGACAACGGCGAUGUCUCUUUGAAAUCCUUGGAGCCUGCAGUUUUGAAACAAGGAGAAGAAAUCCACAAUGAGGUCGAGUUUGAGUGGCUGAGACAGUUUUGGUUUCAAGGCAAUCGAUACAAGAAGUGCACUGAUUGGUGGUGUCAACCGAUGGCUCGACUGGAAGAGGCGUGGAAGAAGAUGGAAGGCGUGACAAACGCUGUGCUUCGUGAAGUUAGAAGAGAGGGGGUCCCCGUGGAACAAAGGAACGCAAUCUUGACUGCCAUCCUUGCGUCACUCACUACACGCCAGAGUCUGAGGAGGGAAUGGCGUGCCAGGUGCCAGUGCCGAAUUGCCCGAACUUUACCCGUGGAUCAGAAGCCCGAGUGUCGGCCAUACUGGGAGAAGGAUGAUGCUUCGAUGCCUCUGCCAUUCGACCUCACAGAUGUGGUUUCAGAACUCAGAGGUCUGCUUCUGGAAGCAAAACCCUAGAAGGAGCACAAGUCUUAGGUGGAGAAGGAAAAGAUAUUUUUGGCUUCUCAUCUCCGACCUUCGCAUGGGCCCAGGCAAGGGCAAUAUGGGUAGACUUGGCCUUUAGACUUGCAGAACCUGGUCCCCUUUGGAAACAGCUAGGGCAUGGAGCCCACGAAUGUUCAAGUGUUUAAAAGUGACACAGUGUUAUAAUCUGAUUUGGUAUUAAACAAGAACCUCCCCC